UUACCUGCUGUUGCGUGCAUCUCCGGACAUUGAGAGCUACAAGGAAGCUCAAUCGACCAAAUCACGGCGAUACUACCCCCUCUCCAACCGUUCCUUUCGCUCGCUUAAUUACUUCUCAUCACACGCGCGACACACACCAAUAAUCACUAUGCCCCCUCGAAAGAAAGCCAAGCUCACCCCCCCAGGUGGCACCACAGAACCCUCCUCCGCAAGCGCUGCCGCCCCGGGGGGAACCCAACCGCCCGCCGACUACGACCCAGUCACAGACCCCUGGACAGAUGAGCAAGAGACAGCAUUGUUGAAGGGGAUCAUCAAAUGGAAGCCCGUCGGCAUGCAUAAACACUUCCGCAUGAUCGCCAUCUCGGACUUCAUGAAGAGUCAAGGAUACGCGCCCGCCAAUGCCGAACAUACUCGAAUCCCCGGGAUCUGGAAAAAGCUAGGCACCUUGUACAACCUACCAGCUCUGGAUGAACGUGAAGAUUCCCUGAUCACCGAUAUCCCCGAUGACGUCGAUGGCACAAAGGAGUUCUAUUGCCCAUUCGAGCUGCCCGAGGACGAAUACGGUGACCUGAUGUUCGAGCGAAGACUGGCGAUGGAGGGAUCUCCGUCGCCGGAUCCGAGUGAACCGGUGGAUUCGCGAAGAGGGAGCACGGUAGCUGAUACGGAUGUUAGAACCCCGCUCGUCUCCCGCGCCCUCGCGAGGAAGGAAACCCGGUCGUGGUGGACGGCAAGGGGGCCGUGGUACGCGCUCAUCGCGACUGCAGGUUGAGAUUGAGACUGUUGGGAAAGGUUCAGGCAAUGGCGAGGACGAAGGGGAGUCGGGCGAUGAGUCGGAUGAAGGUGAUGAGGACGGUUCGGACGGGGCCAAGGACGAUAGCGAUCCGGAUGAGGAGGCCGAUGGCGAUGCUGGGGGCUCGCCGACGACACGGAGCACGCGGGCGCAAACGUCUCGGUCGAAACAGAAGGAGAAAAAGGGCGCAGGAACAGGCACGAGAAGAGGCGGCCGGAGACGACAGGCUUGAAGGCCAUUAGGUGCGCAUGAUUGUGUUUUCUUACUACUGCAAGAGUUGAUACCUGGAGCUAGGA